CAUCAUUAACGGAACUAAUUUUGUCAACAAGUCAACACUAUUUUUUUUCGGAUUUAAAUGUCAGUAUUUUUGUGCGAUUAGCAAAACGUGAAUCUGGCAGUUCGGCUAUGCUGGCCGAUAUUUUUGAAAGAAUCAAACAUCCCAUCUCUGAAGUGGCAAGUGCAGCCGUAGACGUCUGUGAAUUCCCCGAAACAAGUCAGAGCUGGAAAAAUCGUCAAGAUGUCGCUUAAAUUCAACGAGGCUUUUGAUAAAUUAAUGGAAAAAAUACCACAAUUCGAUUCGCCAACUCCGACUAUAAUCUCCAAGGAUACUGAAGAGAUUGUUCAGAAAAUAGUUCAAGCAUUCCACGACAUAAACUCUAUUUUCCAGGGCACUCUAAUUGAUUUUAUAAAAACGAGUAUCAAUCACCCGUAUCAUUAUCCAGUGCUUUUUCUAAAAAUGCCGUUCAAUAUUAAUCGUAUUAAAGUACUCCAAGACAAAGACGCAUCGGUUUACGACCUGAAGGCAGAUGUACAACAUCCAGUUGUACGAAGCGGAUAUGUUAUUCCCUAUUUGAUAAUAUCCCUGUUUAAUGACGAUUUAAAAAGAGCUCUUGCCCGUAUUGGUCAGAUGAAUUGUGCGAGCAGCAAGACGUACACCCUCAGUGUCUUUAUGGCGGAGAACUCUGCUAAAGGCAUGCCAGUAUUUGAAAUUAAGACCACUGGCAUAGAGUGUGAGGUCACUCUUUGCAAAUUUUCACUAAAGUUUCAAUUUUUGAAUGAUUCCAUCACCUAUUUUGCCACUGGGCCUCAUUUCUGGGCAUUGGACCAGACCACUCUUGAAAACAGCAACGCAGCUAUAAUUAAAAUCUACGAGUACAUCGACACCUGCUCCUGA